AUGGCCUGGCGAAGCUCCGGCGCGACGAACAAGGACCUGGUCGAAAACAUGUGGCGGCACGGCCUCAUCAAAGACCAACGAGUUAAGGACGCCUUUCUCAAGGUUGACAGAGCACACUACGCUCCCGCUGCGCCGUACGAAGACUCACCCCAGUCCAUAGGCCACAAGGCCACCAUCUCGGCACCUCACAUGCACGCCAGCGCGACCGAGUCUCUCCUCCCGCACAUCCUGCCCUCCGAGACGAGGCCCGCGCCGCGGGUGCUGGAUGUCGGGUCCGGGUCGGGAUACCUGACGCACCUCCUUGCCGAGCUCGUGGGGGACAAGGGGCUCGUCGUUGGGCUGGAGCAUAUCCAGGCACUCAAAGACAUGGGCGAGACUAAUAUGGCCAAAAGUGUCGAAGGGAGAGCACUUCUGGACAGCGGCAAGGUCAAGUUCCGGGUCGGUGACGGACGGAAAGGCUGGGUGGAGGCGCCGCGGGACGGGGAGGCGGGUGAUUCCACGGGGUGGGAUGCCAUCCACGUUGGUGCUGCUGCGGCGGAGCUUCACCAGGAGUUGGUGGAUCAGCUCCGGGCGCCUGGAAGGAUGUUUAUCCCCGUCGAGGACGACAUUAGCUACGAUCAGUACGUUUGGGCCAUUGACAAGAAGGAGGACGGGUCUGUUGUGAAGGAGAAGCUAUUUGGGGUUCGAUAUGUACCACUGACUGAUGCUCCCAAGGCAUGA